AUGAGGUUUGUAUUCUUCAUUUUGGAAGCAUCUCGUCGCUGUGCAGGCACGCUUACCCAUGUCCGCACCAAGCCGGGCCGCACUUUGAUCACUUUUCUGCUGAUUCUCAAUUUGGCUCUUUGGAUUGUUAAAACAUUCGAGGUUAAACGUGCCGACAAUCAUGUGAUUCACAUCUCCUACUACACUGGCAUCGCCUGGACCAUCAUCACACACAUCUCUCUCCCGCUUAUCAUCUUCUUUCGCUUUCAUUCGACUGUCUGUCUUUCCGAUAUUUGGUCAAAUGCAUAUCGGUUCAAGUCAGACUAG